CCAAUCAGCUUCGAGGAGGCGCUAUUUGAAAGCAGCUGGGUUGUUUACCUGCUCGGUGUCUCGUGUCUGUGGUCGGUUGUUGUCGGUUGUCGUCGGUGAAUGUGAGUGAAGCAGAGUGAGUCCCCGGGUCUGUGGUUCAACGUCAGUAAACAUGUCGUCAGUGGAGCUCCGCGCUGCGCUGUCCGCCGCAGACAACCCGCUGAAGAUGGGUAAACCCGCGGCGGCGGGGCCCCGGAGGAGAGGGGCCCUCGGAGAGAUCACCAACUUCCCCGGAGAAAACGUCGCCACGAAGAGGGUCGGAGCAGCCAGAGCAUCAUCCAAACCCUCUUGUGGCCUGAAAGCCAAACCCGCGGUCCGGACGGUUCCUCCAGCGGUUCAGGUCCCAGCAGCUGCACAUCCUGUCCCCUCAGUUCCAGAGGAGCCGGCCGACGUGUCCAUGAAGGAGGAGCAGGAACUCUGCCGAGCUUUCUCCGAGCAGCUGCUCAGCGUGCAGGACGUGGACGAGCAGGACGCGGACCAGCCGCAGCUCUGCUCAGAGUACGUCAAAGAUAUCUAUAAAUAUCUGCACGUCCUGGAGGUGGAGCAGGCUGUCCGAGCGAACUACAUGCAGGGUUAUGAAAUCACUGAACGCAUGCGAGCUCUUCUCAUCGACUGGCUGGUCCAGGUUCACUCCAGGUUCCAGCUGCUGCAGGAGACUCUGUAUCUCACUGUCGCCAUCCUGGAUCGUUUCCUGCAGGUCCAGCCGGUCUCUCGUAGGAAGCUGCAGCUUGUUGGCGUGACCUCCAUGCUGGUGGCCUGUAAAUACGAGGAGAUGUACGCUCCGGAGGUCGGCGACUUUGCGUACAUCACAGAUAACGCUUUUACAAAGUCUCAGAUUCUGGAGAUGGAGCAGCUGGUUCUGAGGCGCCUCAACUUUGAGCUGGGACGUCCUCUCCCGCUGCACUUCCUCAGACGGGCGUCAAAGGUGGCGAAGGCCGAUGUGGAGGGACACACUCUGGCCAAGUAUCUGAUGGAGCUCACCCUCCUUGACUACGACAUGGUCCACUAUCGUCCCUCUGAGGUCGCUGCUGCGUCCCUGUGUCUGUCUCAGCUGCUGCUCGAGGGGCUGUCGUGGUCUCCAUCACAGCAGCACUACUCCACUUACGACGAGGCCCACCUCAAGCCCGUCAUGCAGCACAUCGCCAAAAACGUAGUGACUGUAAACGAAGGCAAAACUAAAUUCCAGGCCGUGAAGACCAAGUACUCGAGCAGCAAACUGAUGAAGAUCAGCCUCAUCCCUCAGCUGAAGUCAUCGACCGUCAAGAACAUGGCGGCUUCUCUGCUCAGCCCCUGACGACAGCGUGCACUUUAUUUUAGUUUGAUUGUUCUAGAUUUUAAUAAAAUGUUUUUACUAUUUUUCAUCAACAUCGUUUGUUCAGAGUUUUUGCUGCAAAGUUGGUUUUGUUGAAGAAUUAGUUUCUUCCUUCCAUCAGUGUGUGAAGUGGAUUCUGUCGAGGUUCUGAGAUUCACACUGAUCUGCUUCAGUGUGGGAGCCGAGGAUCUGAUGUGACUCAGCUUCAUCUGCUUGGUACGGUUGUUUUUCUCCGCUGGAUCUUUUGUGGCCUCAGCUUUCAAUCAGCAGCAGCGUCUUUGGAGGACGACUGUCUGUAUUUACCCAGAAUGACUUUGGACUCAACAGAAAUCUGGAGCGUUGCACCGGCUGCUAAUGUUUCUACCUCCAGUGAAAACUGACAUUUACAGACUGGACUUCUCUCACACCUGAAGCCUGACCUGUGUGACGAACAUGUGAACUGAUCUGUUUUCAAUCCGUGCAAUAUCAGUCUCUUGUUUGAAUAAAUCUGUUUAAUUUAA